AUGAUGAUCAACGACUCUCUGGCAUUCGGAGAAAUAGACUCCAACGUUUCAGAGCCUCCUCCUCUCGGCCACAACAGCCCGUUCCCCGCUCUCCGCCUGGAGUCCAAGUCUCUGGUCACAUCUGCGACCAUGUUCGCCGUGGGGGUCCUGGGGAACCUCAUCGCUAUUGUCGUGCUGUGCAUCUCCAAGAAGGAACAGAAGGAAACCACUUUCUACACUCUGGUCUGCGGGAUGGCCAUCACAGAUCUGCUGGGAACGUGCUUUACCAGUCCUGUAGUAAUCGCCACGUACGUGGCCAACCGGUGGCCCGGAGGAGCGCUGCUCUGCCACUUCUUCUCUUUCUCCAUGCUUUUCUUCGGCUCCGCAGGUAUGUCGAUCCUGUGCGCAAUGGCAGUGGAGCGAUACCUGGCCAUAAACCAGGCGUAUUUCUACUCUCAGUACAUAGACAGGACGAUGGCGCGCUUUGCGCUCCUGCUCGCCUACCUCGUUAACGUCGUCCUGUGCAUUAUGCCCAGUUUUGGGUUCGGGCAGCACGUGAGACACUUUCCCGGGACUUGGUGCUUUCUAGACUGGAGGGCGACGGAUCCAGUCGGGGCGUGUUAUUCCUUUCUGUACGGCGGUGUGAUGCUGGUGCUGAUCGCAGCUACGGUUCUGUGUAAUCUGGCGGUGUGCAGGUCGCUGGUGGGGAUGAACCAGAGGACCGGGAUUGUCAGGACUGAGCUGUGUGAGCAGGGAGGCUCGCGGAGACGCUUCCCCCGGCUGCCCUCCGUCACCUCUGCAGCGGAGAUUCAAAUGUUCUGGCUUCUGGUCUUCAUGACCAUCGUGUUCCUGGUCUGUUCCAUCCCUUUAGUGGUGCGAAUCUUUGUCAACCAGCUUUACGACCCUGCCUACAUCUCUGCCGGGGGGAAACCUGAUUACCGGAGCGACUUGUUGGCAAUCCGAUUUGCCUCUUUCAACCCCAUAUUAGACCCCUGGGUAUACAUAUUGUGCCGGAAGAACCUGCUGCUGAAGGGCUGUGAGAAGUUAAAGAGGACGGUAGCUCGGGUUAAGGAUGGCAGUGGCGAUAACCCGGGCUGGGUGGAGGGUCAAAACUCCCCCCAGUCUUCAAACAGCAAUGACACCAGCUACGCGUCAUUACGCACGGCCAGUUACAGGAACGACGCUGAACACCGGGUUCCAGUCCAAGAGAAAUCCUUCACCGACUUUGCCAUGAGACACGCGUGGGAGUACGACACGGCCCGGGCCAACUUCCACCCGUUCAGCGUGGAAUCGACCGCGAUCCUGGGCUGUGAGGAGGAGGAGGAGGAAGAGGAGGAGGCCCCUCGGUCCAAACGGGAGGCGGCGGCGAAGAUUUCUCCAGGACGCAGAGGCGCGCCGCCGCUGCGCUCCGUGCACGUCAGGAGAGCAGACAUUGUUACGUGCACCUUCAGCACACCGAGCUCCUGUCAGUCAACCAAAUGUCUUUGAUGAAUGUUUUUAUGUUCCAACAUAUUUAACUUUUUUUAUG